AUGAGAAAAAGUCAUGCAGAGCAAGACAGCCAUCAGAAAUCAGGCUGUAAACUGACCCUUCCUGCUCUGUAUGACGAUAAAAGACUCUUGCUCCAAAGGCAACAGUUUAAGAGGGACAAAAUGCUGAACUGGGAUGAACUCUACUUAACCCUACAGGGAGUUGAUAUUUCUAAGGUUAAUGGGGCCUAUAGCAACACCAUGGGGCACCUCAAAUCUCGUCACAUGGAGAUUAGCUAUUGGCAGGCCCUUAUUAAAGAGAGCAUCCAUCUGGUGGACAGUGAAAUUGCCUAUGUGGAGCAGAUGAAAGAGAUGGUAGAGCACUGCCUCCAUGAGAGGAAGGUGUACAGUCAGCUCAUGGGUCGCUGUGUGGCUCUCAGCAGAUGCUUGGGCUCAGCCAGUCUGAACCAUGACCAGGUCUUUGUCCAGCUGAAGAAAGAGGAGUGUCUGGCCAUGGAAAACAGGGAGGUGCUGAAGAAGCAGGCUGUUAUCAUCCUCAACAAACUAAGCUCUCUGAGGAAAAUCCGGUAUAGGCUAAAAAAAGAUUUCCAAGACAAGCUCGAAGCCUUAAAAGUCACCACCAGAUGCAUCACAUUUGAGAUGACAACCCAAUGCUCUGGCUUGACUGCUGGCCCACUCAAACCAACCCAUGUGAGCUAUGAGCAGUGGCUGUCUCAGUGUCAACACCUGAAGAUGAGGGCUGAUAAACUUGUGAUGGACUCAACAAAUUGCAGAGAAAAGCUGCAGUUCCUUUUGCUCAAUCUGAACGGUUCCAGUGAGCACCAGCACUGCAGGACCGGCGAAUCACUCAGGAGGAUGAUCCAUGACCUGACUGUGAUCGGUGAUAGACUGAAUAUGGAGAAACAUCGGAUCAAGCUUGAGAUUUCAGAACUGACCAAAGAUGUUCAAAGAUUGGACAGUCAUAUUAAGAGCUUAUUUACCCCCUCCAUUGCCACCCCAAACAGGCAGAACCUUGACGUAGCACACCAACGUCUGACCUUUGUGGAGGACAAACUGGCUAGAAAUGCUCAACUCAUUGAGGUAGCUCAGAGGUGCCGGAACAUCCACCAGAGCUUCAGGCAGGCUGUCAACUCAGCUGUGGUUCUGAGUAACAAACCCAGCCUUCAGGCAGUCAAGGACAGCUCCGGCACUUAG